AUGGAUAUCUACUUGAUGGUUUACUCUCAUAAGACAACAGUCAUCACUGCUAAGGAGACAACAACUGUGCACAAGUCAAAGUAGGUGAAGGGAAUAGUGGAGAGGCCACUAGAGGGGCAGCAGCUCUACAAAGUUGAUCAGCUGAUGGAUGAGGAUCAUAGGACUUUGCUAGACUUUGGCUUAAGCAGCUAAAGCUGCUGACCUCAUGUUCCUGCACUGUUGGGCUUGGCUUUAGUCAAUGAACCAUUGCAUACUGACCCCUUCUCCAGCUCCCCAGGAUAACCUGAUGUUAUGAAGUCUCAGGAGUCUGGUAGUAGCUCCAGUGAGCAAGACUUGUGUUAA